AUUUGAGCGCUCUAUAAGGCAUUUGUAUGAAGUUUAAAAUAACGAAGGAUAAAAUCGCGCGAUGAAAUAAAAUGUUACUUCUCUUGACUGAAAUAAAUCAACAUACUCACCUUCUCUAGUUUUUGUUGUCCAUUUGGCCUAUUUCAUCAUUUCAUGGAAAGAAGGAUAGAAGACAAAGCAGUGAAGUUAAAAACCACCUAAAUGGCCAUUAAUCGGCCUAAAAAAAACCUCACGUGAAACAAGGGAACACAAUCCUGAAGCAAGGUUGGUUGGUCUUUAUUCGUAAUCCGUUGUAUUUUUUAGGCUUAAGAAUAUGACCGUUUUUUCCCCAUACAAAUCCUUACAUUUCGACUGUUGCGCAUACACUGUUUACAGUCCUCUUUUUUCUCGUAUUUUUUUCGAUCGUUGAACGCGUGGAUAGAAUCGCGACGAAAUCGCGGAACUGGACACCAGCGCAAAACGGGAGACUUGACAGCGUUGGGAGCUCCGUGGGGAGCUAUUCUUCGUUUGGCUCGCUUCGCCACGGGGCUUCCAUACAAGCGGCGUCUCUGUUUUGUGUGGGGUCCGCUGUGGCUUCGCUCGCCUCCCCGUCCCCACCUUUUCGUGCUUCGCGUUCGCGCUCUCUUCGCUCGCCUCGUCUUUCGCUUGCGUUGAAAAAAUAGAGAGGCUGUGAACAGUCUGCUAUUCUGUUAUGUGUAAACAGGCGUUCGGCCAGUUCCAUGCAGUGCUUGCCCUUGAGGGCCGCCGCAUUUGCCCGCGCGAACCUCGAACGUCCCAGGAUUCCAAGUAAGCAUUGCACCUGUUGCUAGGGCAACGGCAAAAAAGCAAUAUGGCGGCCUGAGAAUAAGAGCAUUUUACGAGAUCAGAGUUUCUACCUUUAUGAAGUCAACAAUGGGGACGAAAGUAGAUGUUUAAAAGCUAUUUGUGGUGCACUGGAGGAAAAGCAAUCGUUGGAGAGAAAUUGAACAGGAAAAAAGUCGCUUCAUUCGUGGAAAAAUGCCCGUGGAGCGUGUACCAGUGGUUCACAAGUUUGGGAUCAUAUCACACACUCAACGCCUGGCUUUGGAAGAUAGACUUGCUAGAAAAUCUCUAGCCACUGAACCUCUACGUACAUUUUCUAGAACAAGAAGAGGACCCUUUGAAGUUACAGAGGAUUUUAUUGCCAAGUUCAAUGACAGCAAUGAAGAGGACAGAAAGGAACUUGAGGGCUUUGCCCUUAAAAUGAUCUCCAGAGCAAAGAGAAGAGCUGGUAUUCUGGCUGGUGGUAAAGGAGACCAUGUUGACCUGGCAAAGUCAUGGACAGAGCUGGGAUUGCUCGCGCAGUGUACGAAUAGACAAGUACAAGAAGAAUCUCUAGAAUUGCUGAUCACCUCUCUGGGACAUGCUCCUCCUACCAUUGAUCAGCUUCCCAGUUUGUUUUAUCUUGCGAAGAGUUGUCUUCACUGGGUUAGAAAGUGUGGAAUGAAUCAAACCUGCCUCAGAACAGCAGAACUUAAACUCAUCAGGAUGGGUCACCUGGCAUUUUCAAGAUUGUAUUACCACAAUAUGACGCAAGACCUUAAGGGAUAUCAAGACGAAAAGCGCUCCCUGCAACAGUAUCUGUCAGGACUUCCAGAUGAACAGGAAGAGGGUUACAAAUCAUUUCCAGGAGUUUUGUUGGCUGUGAGAUACAUCAAAGAAGUGGGUCAGCUUAUUUGCACUGGUUGUGGUGAACCGAACCAAGAUGAAUCUUCAAUCAUAGAACCGCUACCUGAACCAGCCACAGCCCACGAGUCAGCACUUGCAAGCCAGGAGAAAUCAGUCGUAGAGGCAACUGUUGUGGAGGCUACUGAGGGAGGGAGGGUGGGGUUACCACUGUUACUCGAGGAAGAGGAGGAAGAGGAACAAGGAAGUGGUGAUCUGGCUUUCAAUGAAGCUGCUUCCCUCGGCCCAGUCCACAGUAGCCUUGCAGCAGCCAGUAGCAUUCAUGAUUUGUCACCAACUCUCUGGCAUGCUCUAGAUGUAUGGAGGAGUGUUAUGCAUAGGGGGACUGGACUGAGGCAGGCUUUGGAGGGACUCAGUAUGUGUGGAACAGGCUUGACUACAGAAUUAUGGUUGGAUGUAUGCUGUGCUUUCCAGGUGUUGACCGAGGUGUCCAAGCAUGAGAUUGCCGUUCUGCGCACGUUCCAAGCUCUAGCCGCCGGUAUAUUCACCAGACCAGCGGAGAUAUCAGCGGCGCAUGCGCGUCACAUUCACCUCUGCAAUAACUGCCUGUCGACUAUGACCGAAGAGCAGUCCUUCCACGCCAAAGACUUUGCAGGCGCUGAUUUGAACUUCAAGGAAGCAAAAAAUCGAUCACAUUCCGACUUUUUAUCCUUGGGAAAGACUCCAAGUUUAGUUCUAGGCUUGCGUGACUUUGCUGGACUUGACCUGGAAGAUAAGCAGGUCACGCAUCCAGCGGAUGUAGAAGAGAGCGUUUUGUCACGCGAUUCGUUGAGUGACACAUCUUCUGAAGCCAGUUUUGCUGAUGUUAGCAGUGUUGAGAGUGGGCGCCGUGGAAGAUCUGGUCACGUGAACGCUAGGUCAGAUAGCAACGUGUCUAAAACCUACAAGAAAACACGACGAACAGACGCCAGGAAAGCCGAGAGCUCUUCUGAAUCGGAGGAUGAAACAGAAAAGCCGCCAAAAUCUCAAAUAAAAAAGUCAAAACAAACUGAUGGUUCAAAAGAAACUGCUGCGUCUGCACGCGCCCGUGGUGGAACAGCGGUUCGAUUUAAUAUUCAGGAGCCCGAGGUUUCGACUACUGAGGGUGGGGUUCCUGGGGCACGUGUGGAGAGAUCGUUCACAAAAGACAGUCUGUACAGUGUUCCCACUCAGGGUAGUUCUGUCACGCUUCCAUUAGCAGAUGAAGAUGACAAGAGUAGCAUAAAAACAGGUACAUCACAGUUCUCGAGUGUGUCUGGUUUGAGCGGAUGGCGCUGGGAACUAGCUUAUCUCUACACGGACUGUAUGACGUCAAUCUGUAUGAAUGGACAGACUUCCAUCAUUCAGAAAACCGCCCUGCUUGGAAGCGAGGCUAACCGGAAGGUUACCGUUUAUGGCAAGAGAAACGCUAUGUCCCGGGAAGGCCUGGGACUUCUUGACUUGCUGAAAUUAAGAUUUACCUUGCAACAAGAUCAAAUGCUUGCUCGUAAGGAUUGGAGUUGGAGAGUCAGGUUCGCAGCCGUGCAGGGCCUGGUGCGAAUCUGUCGCGACUCCAGGGGCGAUGGCACAAAAGACGGAAUACGCGGAGUGGCCUGGAAUCAACUUAUGAGGCAUCAUUCACAAGAGAGAGAUGUUCGUGUCUUAGAGGCGUGGAAACUAGCGCAGAUUGAAUCCGAUCUCGACAGCAAACUUCCAUUGCUCGAUGUCGUAAAUUCGUCGUUUCCUUCGUGGGCCGCGGGCAACUUGUCAGCCGUAUUACUUCCUCCACUUCCGCCAGUCGUGCCGCCACCCAGCAGUCGCUUCAGGCCCCGAGCACGCGCGACACCGCUGAACAAACCCGCUCCUGCAGUCAAGAAGGGUCCUAAGCGACCUUCGUUAAGACAGGAGAUUCUUCUGGCCACAGCUGCCCGUGAGCCUCAGCCUGACUACCGCAGUCGUAUGAAUCAUGACUUGAUGCUGGUGAUAGAGGACCAGUGGAGGAAACAGCUGCACGAGGAACAGAGGCAGGAGGAGGAAGACAGGAGGAAGGAGGAAGCUGCCAGGAUCGAGGGCCUAGUGACGAAGGAAGGGAGACGGAGCAGGCAGGGGAAGGGUAAAGAUGUGAAUCAGGGUGGGAUGGACGCAGAGAUGGGAAGGAUGGAGGGGAGAAGGAGCCGACAGGAGGGGACUGCAGAGGGCGAUAUGGGAGCACGGGAGGGAAGGAGCAGUGGGCAGGAGAUGGUGUUGGAUGAGUAAGAAACAGGCAGGGAUCGGUGCAGGGAAGAGGUACGAGGAAGGACGGUUAAGCUGUUGUAAACUAAAGCGACAGCAAAUUGAUCAAGUGGACAUGGAAAGAUUGGGGAAGAAAAGGGUGUGUUUUGAUGAAAGUAGAAAGCCGAAAGAAUCGUACUGAGCAAUAAUUGAAACGCAAAAUGAAUAUACUGUGUAAAUUGUUCAGGAGACCCUACGUGUUGCGUUUUUGUACAAAUUAAACUAUCCACCGAAUAAAUAUUUUUCUAGUGAAAGUA